AUGAUGCCGCCCCCAGGGACAUCUCGUGUCCUCACACAACAGUUGACAGCACUUCGACUCGACGAACUGACGACGACGUUCCCGUUCCGACAAUUGCCGACUCAUUUUGAGCCAAACAAUAAGCCCUUAGUCAGUCCUAGUGAUGGUAAAGAUAUCGCAGAAGUAGCAGAUAUGAAUCAGGUGCCAUUUGCGUCGACAAUGGCAAGGCGGACGGCUAUCGUUGAAGGUAUGGAACUGGACAACACUAUAGCUGAUGGCGGAAUCAAGGAUAAUCAAAGCAAAGACGGAGGAAAAUGCCGUUCUCGUAUUCGACUCGCUCUACCUCAUAUCGCUUUGAUCACGGCUACGAUUCUUUACGUAUUCGUCGGAUAGAGCGAUGAAUAUCAUAAAGGUUACAGUUCCUAUACGUAUAUGGUGCAGAAGGCCAUGGUUGCGCGGUGGUUAGGGCUCCCGUGCAACACACGUAAGGAAGCGAUAAAAGAUUACGAUGCAGAAGAUGAUCCACAAAACGAAACCGCAUUAAUGUUAGUCGAUCAUCUGACAAAGGUCACAUUCGAAGCGUUUGAGGCUGGUAUCAGACCAAGUGGCUACGGACAUCUGAUACCGAUCUCACCAGAAGGACAGAUAUUGUGCAUGUUUUAUGCGAUUCUUGGGAUUCCUCUAACCCUGAUCACAAUCGCAGAUGUGGCCAAAUUUCUGGAGGAACUUCUUGGACGCCCAGGUGACGAUAAUCCUCUCGUUGAGAUGACUGUCGGUUUUGGUGAUCUGUAUCCUCAAGGAGAUAUGGAGUACAUGCUGUCUUCAAUGGUCAAUUUGGUGGAUAAAAAUAAAUGGGUUCAACAGGCAGGACGACACUCAUGUCUUACUGAUCUUAUCGACUUCGGCGCUGCUGCUUGA